AUGGGGAAGUCAUUAGUAGUGGCGCUGGCUGUGGUGGUGGCAGCCAUGGCGGUGGUGAAGGCAGACGACGUCCCGAUCACGGACAAGGACCUGGAGUCGGAGGAGAGCAUGUGGAGCCUCUACCAGAGGUGGCGCCACGUGUACGGCGCCGCCUCGUCGUCGCCGCGGGACCUCGCCGACAAGGGGAGUAGGUUCGAGGUGUUCAAGAAGAACGCCAGGUACAUCCAUGACUUUAACAGGAAGAAAGGCAUGUCCUACAAACUCGGCCUCAACAAGUUCGCCGACUUGACGUUGGAGGAGUUCACCGCCAAGUACACCGGCGCCAAUCCCGGACCCAUCACCGGCCUCAAGAACGGCACCGGCUCGCCGCCGCUAGCGGCUGUUGCCGGCGACGCACCCCCGGCGUGGGACUGGAGAGAACAUGGCGCUGUCACUCGUGUCAAGGACCAAGGGCCAUGCGGUAGCUGCUGGGCGUUCUCCGUGGUAGAGGCUGUAGAGGGGAUCAACGCGAUCAUGACAGGGAACCUCCUGACGCUGUCGGAGCAGCAGGUUCUCGAUUGCUCCGGCGCCGGCGACUGCUCCGGCGGAUACACGUCCUAUGCAUUCGACUACGCCGUCAGCAACGGGAUAACUUUGGACCAGUGCUUCAGUCCCCCAACGACGGGGGAGAACUACUUCUACUACCCCGCCUACGAGGCCGUGCAGGAGCCCUGCAGAUUUGAUCCUAACAAGGCUCCAAUUGUGAAGAUCGACAGCUACUCCUUCGUGGAUCCCAACGACGAGGAAGCUCUCAAGCAGGCAGUGUACUCACAAGGGCCCGUAUCCGUCCUCAUCGAAGCUAGCUACGAAUUCAUGAUCUACCAAGGGGGUGUGUUUAGUGGGCCAUGCGGAACUGAGUUGAACCACGCGGUGUUGGUGGUGGGUUACGACGAGACGGAGGACGGCACACCCUACUGGAUAGUCAAGAACUCGUGGGGCGCAGGAUGGGGCGAGAGCGGCUACAUCCGCAUGAUCCGCAACAUCCCAGCUCCGGAGGGUAUAUGCGGCAUCGCCAUGUACCCGAUCUACCCUAUCAAGAGCUGCCCCUGCCCCAUCACCGCCGCUUCUGCUGCUGCUUAA